AUGAGUUCUGGUAUGCCUGAAUUGGGCUCCAAGAUAAGCCUAAUAUCGAAAGCUGACAUCCGUUAUGAAGGUCGUCUUUUCACCGUCGAUCCUCAAGAAUGUACCAUCGCUUUAGCUAGCGUGCGAUCAUUCGGAACUGAGGAUCGCGAGACACAAUUUCCAGUAGCACCUCAGAGUCAAGUGUAUGACUACAUCUUGUUCCGAGGAUCUGACAUCAAGGACAUCCGUGUGCUGAACAAUGUUCCCUCUUUGCCUAAUGACCCUGCAAUCAUGCAAAUGUCAGUACCACCAUCCCUUGGUGGUGCAGGCAAUCAGGGACAAUAUGCGGGGCAGUUUAACCACCCAGUCGUGGGUCAGACGCAGUAUCCUCAAUAUCAUCCGAUGUCAGGCUUUCCCAGCAGUGUGCAUGCUCAGCUCAACAAGACUAGUGAGUUAUCACCACAAGCAUCAGUGGAUUUGGCACCACAGCCCCAGCCAACUGCUGCUCCGAUAGGAUCAGGACUGGUGCAUCCAACCAACCAAGUGAAAGACCAAGGUUCAAUGCUUGAUCUUAUUGGAGGUGGAAAUCAGCAGAAUGCUUCGCGCUCUGGCACUCCUGCUGGUGGCCACAGGAAAAGCCCUACUGCUGAUCAAGGCACUCAGGUGGGGUCGGUAGCGAGCGGUUCCGGGCAACGGGAUAGCCGACGCGGUGGGCCGCAGAAGGCGGGUCAGCAGCGCGCGAGGCCCUCGUCCCGGACCCGCCAGCGCCUGCCGAGCGGCGGUGCGGCCUCCAGCGCAACGCCCGCGCAGUCGCAGACCAAUGCUGCGCCCGCUCAACAACAGCAACAGCAGAUGCAACAACAACAUCAUCAUCGUCAACCCGGUCAGGGCUAUGGUCGUGGAGGCUGGCGGGGCCGACCGCGUGGUCGCGGACGUGGCUUUGUGCCUCGCAACAAGAACACGCUGAAGUUUGACAAUGAUUAUGAUUUUGAACAAGCCAAUACCGAAUUUGAAGAACUGCGCAGCCAACUUGCCAAAGCAAAGAUCUCUGAGGGAGAGACCAAGGUGGAGUGUGAUGUACAGGGUGAAGUUGACAAGAAAGAUGACUCCGGCAACGAGACUGGUGCUGGUGAGCCUGAGUUGGACGAUGACUCUGCUUUCACUGGUUAUGAUAAGAACAAGAGUUUCUUUGAUAAUAUCUCCUGUGAGGCUGUCGAGAGAUCAAAGGGGCGCAGUCAGCGGACUGACUGGCGGACCGAGCGCAAGCUGAACUCGGAGACGUUCGGCGUGGCGUCGGCGCGCCGCGGAGCCUGGCGCGGUCGCGCCAACUGGCGGCACAACCUGCACAACCAACACAAUUCGCACCAUCAACCUAUGUCGUACUUCCCCAGCUGGCGGGCGAUGCGUGGCGCGCGCGGCCGCGGCAACAACAUCCGGCAGCCGCGCAGCAGCGUGCCCACCGCGCCCGCGGGAGCCGGUGCCUCCGCGCACCAUUCCACCGCCGCCGCAAAGUAG